AUGGCUGUGCGCGCCCAGUUCGAGAGCAGCAGCGAGGUCGGUGUGUUCGCUCGCCUCACGAACUCCUACUGCUUGGUGGCCCAGGGCGGCUCGGAGAACUUUUACAGCGUGUUCGAGGCGGAGCUCGCCAAGCACGUGCCGGUCGUCCACUGCUCCAUCGGGGGCACGCGCAUCGUCGGCAGGGUGACGGUCGGCAACAAGAAUGGCCUCCUCGUGCCGAGCAUCACCACGGACGGCGAGCUGCAGAUGUUGCGGAACAUGCUCCCCGAGGACGUGAAGGUCUCAAAGGUGGAGGAGCGCCUCUCCGCCCUCGGGAACUGCAUCGCGUGCAACGAUUACGUGGCGCUCGUGCACACCGACCUGGACAGGGAGACGGAGGAGGUCAUCGCGGACACGCUGCAGGUGGAUGUCUUCCGGGCCACCAUUCGGAGAAGAGCGCAGAACGUGCUGGUGGGCAGCUACGCGGUGCUCACCAACCAGGGCGGCCUGGUGCACGCCCGGACGCCGCUGCAGGACCACGGACAUGGAGGAGCUGUCGCAGCUCAUCCAGAUCCCCCUAACAGCCGGCACCGUGAACCGCGGCAACGACGUCGUGGGGGCGGGUGUCGUGGCAAACGAUUGGGCCGCUUUCUGCGGCAUGGACACCACCGCCACGGAGAUCGGGGUGAUCGAGAGCAUCUUCAAGCUCCAGGCGCCUGGCGUGGGGAUGCAGAGCGCACUCAUCGACACCAUGAUGUGAGUUCGCCCGCCCCGUCUUCGCUCUCCCCCAUAUCCUCGUCCCGGCCUCCGUUCUUCUGA